AUGGCACCCGGGUACAGAACGCAGAACAGACGCCAAAACCGGACAGGAUAUGCGGAUCACGACGUGUUCGAGGGCCUCCCUGUAAGGCAUUGGCGACGCGAUUAUGUUACGGUUGCACCACCCGCAGCUCAAGAAAACAACACGUCUCAGAAUGAUAUAUGGGCAGUCGAACUUCCGCAUGGUAUGCCGAAAGAUUCACAUCUAUUACCUCAACAUAGCCAAGAUCUAUUGCGUGCUGCACGAUCAGGGAGGAUAUACAAACGUCCAUCUCCCGCUGAAGAAGAGGAAGUUGACCCGGAAGCUGCUCUUGGAGAAAAAUCAGAAAAGAAGGAUGAUGAAGGCAAAGAUAGGGGAUUCUCAGCUAAAGCUUGGAAGCAAAUACCGCGACAUCUGGAAGGUCCCGGCGAGGAGCACUUAGCCAAACGGAGGAAGGGCUUGGUUACCUAUACCCCAAAAGCACCACAGGCCGCCGAGCCAACUCUCACCAAGGCAACUGUCCGGCGAACUGAUGCAGCUGGGAAUGAAUAUAUACAGGAUGUUGUAGUACCACACGGCCAGCAAAUCGAGGGAGAGGUCAUCGCUCAAACUGUAGUUCCUGGUCCAAGUGCUGCAGCGACAGAUCCAUACGCCGUUCAACCCACACCCCCUAAGCGGAAGUCGUCAUCCAAGAAGAAAGCUAAGGCAUCGUCUAAAGGUAGAAGAAAGAAAGCAGCCGCUCCUACAAGUGCGCCUCAACCUAUGUCAAUUGAUGGGACAACUUCAACUGAUGGAACAACUGUUGGAAUUCCGCGUACUGAGGUUAUCAAAACUGAGACGGAUGUCAACACAAUUCCUGCUGAUACUCAAGAUGUUGAAAUGGCCGAUGGGUCGAACGUGGCUUCGGACGACGAAGAUGGUGAGGAUGGAGAAGAUGGUGAAGACGGCGAUGACGAUGAAGGAUCCGUAGAAACACAAAAUUCGCCCUCGACAGCACCUAAAGCCCCCUCACCUAUGCCACUUACCGCACCAAGCAUCAAGGAAAUUCCAGACCUCAGCCCACCUCCGCCAAAUACUGGUGUGGCCGGACCGCCUUUCAUCGCCCGUCUCGAGAUGGAAAAGUCGGAAGGGAAAUCCGGCAGUCCCCUGAAAAUCGUAGCUUUGGCUACCUCUACUGUGACGUCUCCCACCGUUUCACCAACUAUUUCUGCUCCGCCGCCUGUUGCUGAAACCAUUUCUCCUCCCCAGUUGGAUACAACUGAGAUCCCCAAACCCGACAUAUCCACUCUUAACGAGGAAAUGCAAGAGCCAGCCUCCACCGCGGCGCUAACCGACAUCCCGCCACCUCCACCAGAACCCACACAAGCUGAGGAAGAAGUGGCAGUAGAAGUACGAAAAGAGGAAGAGGAAGAAGAGGCCAUGCUUCUCGACAUCGUUGAAAAUGCAAACAAUUCCAAUAUAGGUGCAGCAGCGCCAGAACCACCCCCCUCCAAUCCAUCCCCACCACCUGCAAUCAUCGAGCCUCCUCCAACUGUCUCCGAGGCUGUCGCGGAACCCGAACCAGCAGAGACCUCGCAGCCAGAGGCGCCUGCGGAGCAGCAAGCUGAAGGCACCGAUGACGAUGAUAGUUUCCCCGAUUUGUUAGGUAGUUUAGAGAAAUCUCUAAAUCAACAUCCGCCGCCUCCUCCCCCGGAGGCUGAUGAACCUACUAAGGCUGCUAGUCCGGCAGAUGUUGGCGAUGAAAAGCCAGCGGAAGACGAAAAGCCUGCGAGCGAUGAAGCUCCAGUGAGCAAUGAGAGUUAA